AUGGCACAACCUAAUUCUUUUCAAGAUGCUGUUCAGGAUAUAGAACAAGAAAAGAAAAUAGUGGCUGCUUUAAAAAGACUAUCAAUUGGACAUUUAAUGCAAUAUGAUCCAGAUUUACCUCCAGGUACUUUUAAUGAUGACAUAGAUGCUUCAUUUCCACAACAAUAUCAACAACUGAAUAUUUUCCCAGAAGAUUAUGAAAAUAAUGUUACCGUACGGGUUUCUUUAAAUAAUAAUAAUACGAGUCCAACAAAAUCAAAUACUUCAAAAUCUUCAAAAUCUUCAAAAUCAUCAAAAUCAUUACCUCCGACUCCUAAAAAGGGAAAUAGUAAUAGAAAUAGUUAUACUGAUUUACCACAAACUCCAAUUUAUAAUAGAUCUCCCAGUCCAAUUAAACAACAACAACAACAACAACAACAGAGACAAAGUUUUUAUAACAAUUUUAAUGAUCAAUCAAGUAUUAUAACUACUGAUUCAAAUGAUAUUUAUUUUGAUGCUUCUGAAGGUGAUCAAAUUUUAGAUUCUUCAAAUUCAAUUUGGGUAACCGCAAAUUUACAUCCGCAAAUUAAUCCUGAUAAUUUUAAAUCAUUGAUAAAAAAUCAAGUCGAAGAAAUAUUGGAAAGGAAAAACCUACUGAGAAAAUCAAGUUUAUCAAGAAAUUCAUCAUUAAAAGAAGAAAUCAAAGGAGAAGACGACGAGAAAGAAGAAAAAGAGAAGGAAAAAGAUGAAGAGAAAUCGACUGAUUCAAAAUCAUCCAAAUCAAUUUCACCAACAAAAACAGAAACUACUACUCCUACUAAAAAACGUGAAUCAUGGUAUACUAAAAGAUACUCAAAUCCUUCAUUACGUGAAUUAACUAAUGAAUUAGAACAACUUUCAAAAUUAGCAGGUAUGGAUAAAUCAGAUACCAUUACUUUGGCGAGAACUUUAUCAUCUAAUUCAUUAGGAUAUACUGAUGUUGAAAAAUUGGCAAUUGAUGAAUUACAAAAUGAUCCAACUUCUCCAAAAACUAGUCCUCCAAGAAGUAAUACUUUACAAAUUCAACAAAUGUUACAACAACAAUUACAGCAAUCUAUGCAAUUGAAUACAAGCCGAAAAAUUGAAGAAGAAGAACAUGAAGAAGAAGAGUUAACAUCUCCAGUUUCUCAACCAUCACCAAAAUUAUUACCACCACUUACAAAUGAAAGUAAUAAACCAACUGAAUUUGCUUUAAGAAGAAGCAGAAGAACAGAUUAUAGAAAAAGAGGAGGGGAUAUAUCUGAAACAAACUCAUCAAAUUCAAAUACACCAUCAUCAAUAAGUCAAAAACAACAUUUGUCACCAAGUAGUACUUUUAAUACCCCAUCACGUAAAUUUAACCGAGAUUCACAACUAUUAUUCAAUUACAAAAGAAUAGAUCAACAUUCACAACAACAAAGACCUCAACAACCAUCUCCACAAUCACCUCAAUUACAACAACAUAUACAUCAACAACAUAGAUCUAGAAAACAUAGUAAUAAUUCAAUGAAUUCAAUGUCAAAUCCAAUGAUUAAUUCAUUAUCAAGUAAUCCAUAUCCAACAGCUUCUACAACUCUUGAUUUUAAUAAAUUGUCAACAAAGAAAUCAAAACAUAAUAUUAAAGAUGAUUGUAAAUCAAGGUCAAAACAACAAUACCAACAACAACAACAGUCACCACAUCAACAAACUCCUCAUCAACUGCACAAAUCACAACGUCAUAAUAAUCAUUACAAAUCUAAACAUAGUAAUAAUCAAAAAUUACCAUCUGCAUCAAGUACAAAUAUUAAUGAUUAUAUGAUUCUGGAAUAUAAUAAUAAUAAUAAUCAAUUAACAUCUACACCUACUCCAUCACCAAGACAUCAUCAUAUAUCAUCAAAGCCAAGAAUAAUGACACCACAACAACCAAAUAAUAAUCAAAAUCAUCAUUACUAUCCUCAACAGCAACUGCAACCACGUCAUCAUCAUCAGUAUAAUUUUAAUAAUCAUGCUCAUCAUCAAAUACCUCCUAAGUCUCAACAAUUGCAUCAAAAUUUAGAUUUAUUAAGAAAUGAAAUUAAUGAAUUUAAAGAAAGUUUAAAUAAGGAAACAAAAAUACAACAACAACCUAAAGAAUUACCACCUCAAAAUCAAUCAGAUAUUAGUUUUGAUAUAAGUUAUCAAGAUUUAACAAUUAAUGAUGAAUUAGGAAUUGAAGAAGAAGUAUUAAAAGAAUUGGGAAAGAAUGAACAUAAACAUGAACAAGAAGUGGAAGAUCCAUAUGAUGGAGAUUUAGAAGAAUCAGAUACGUUGAAUAAUGAUAUUUUAAAAGAUUUUGACUUGGUAGAUUCAAAUUUAGAUUCCGAAGAAGAAGAUCAAAUAGAAGAAGAACCAGAACCAUUCACUCAUCAUUUCACAUCAGUACCUACUAAAACAGAAGAACCACAACAACAACCAGAAUCAAUUACACAUACUCCAACUAAAGCCAAAAAGGAAUCAAAAGUUAAAACUAAAUUAUUUAAUAAAGAUCCAAAUUUAGAAAUCAUUGAUUCAGAAAAUUAUAAACAAAAAUUAGGAAAAGAAUGUAAACCAAUAAUAGAUAAAAAACAAAUUAAAAAGAAGAAAUCAUGGGGAUGGCUAAGAGAACGAAGUUCGAGUAUGUCAUCAUUAGAUUCUUCAUCAAGCUUACCCCCAUUACCAGAAGGUCAUAAAAUUCCAAGUAGAUCAUUUUCAAAUCCUGAACAAACUACAACUGAUACACAAGAUAAUCAUUCAAUUAAAUCAGAUAAGGGUAAAGAAAAUGUCAUAAGUAAGUUAUUUAGAAAGAAGAAGAAUAAUUUAAGUUCACAAUCUUUACAUUCUAUUGAAUCAAAUAAUUCAGAGAUUAUAUUAGAUUAUGAAAGUGAUAACAAUAAUAACAACCAUACUCCAGAAUUAAAAGUUAAGAAGAAAUCAAGUGGAUUGUUCAAAAAGAAAUCAAAGGCUAAACUAGUAGAAGAUAAAAAACAACCAAGUCAACAACAACCAUUGAAUGAAAGUGGUUUUAAGAUUAAUUCAGUAUCACCACCAUUAAAUACCGAAGAUGAAUCUACUUUUGAUAUUGAAGAUAAGGAAAACUAUAGAAAAUCACCAGAAUUAAGAUCAGAACCGCAGAGUAAUUUAAUUGAAGAAUCAGUGCAGAUAGAAAAAGAAGAAAUAGAACAAAAUGAAGACAAUCAAGAAUCAAUAGAUCAAGAACCCAAAAUUCCAAAACGUAGACGUGAUAGAAAGAAAAAAGAAGAACCAAAAUCACCAAUACAAGAUGAAUCAAAUGAUAAUCUUGAUAAAGAGAAAUCAGAUAUUCAAGAAAAAUUGAAAAAAUCAAUUAGACGAACAUCAAAACCCAAUCAACCUAUUGAAUUCACAGAUUCAGCUUUUGGAUUCCCAUUACCACCACCUUCACAAUCAACUUUAGUUAUGUUAGAUUAUAGAUUUCCAGUUCAUGUAGAAAGGGCAAUUUAUAGAUUAUCACAUUUAAAAUUAGCUAAUCCAAAAAGAUCAUUACGUGAACAAGUAUUAUUGAGUAAUUUCAUGUAUGCUUACUUGAAUCUCGUUGAUCAUACAUUACACUUAGAACAACAAAAUAUAGAAGAAGAAGAAAUUGAAGUUGAACAACAAGAGAUCGAAACUGAGGAAAAACAAAUUGAGAUUGAAAUUGAUCAGGAAAUGUUUGGAAGGAAUGAUUUAGAUGAUGAUGAAGAUGGUUUGACUAAAGGUUAUGAAGAUGAUGAACAAAUGGAGAUACAAAAAUUUAAUCGAGAGAUUGAAAUAUAG